AAAGCAAGCUUUUAUAUUUGGCUUCAGGCUGAUGUGAUUUUUUUUCUUUUUUUCCUUUUUUUUUUUUUGAGCUAUUAACUUGGAAAUUAAUUUGGGGUGGUAAGCACCUUGACAUCUCAUGUAUCUUGGUUUUAGAAGUUUCAGCUGUUCAUACUGCUGUGGCUCUUUUGACUUGGGUUUCCUAACAGGAGCUACCUUGCUUGUAACACUGGUCUCUAAAGGUAGAGUUGGAGGGUCUUCUGCUUUUGUUGAGCUAUGGUUUUCAGUUGCUCUUUUGCUCUGUAUUUAUGCAUGGCUGACUGCUGUUAGUGUCCACUGGAGACAUAUUACUGGUCUCAACAGAGGAUCAACAUUGUUACGGUUUUCUGCAUUGCUGCAGAUAGCGGAGACUUAAGUGAGUUGUUUUUGUGACAAAGGCAAGUCUCCAGAUUGCCUUUUUACUUCUGUUCUCUCUCUGCUUUUUCUCUGAAGUGUGUGUAUAUAAUGCAAAAAGUUACUGCGGUGGAGGGCAGUGCACUAUUGCUCCUUAGAUCAAUGGUUUUGAAACCAUGUGUGUAUAGAAAGUUUCCUAUGCAAAGCAGGUGUGUGAAGCAUCUGAGGAAAUUUUCCCUUGUGCUUGGAAAGGGGGCCAUGAAAUGUGCUUUUUUAAAAUAAGAGCGCAGAAUUUGGUUGGCAAGACCAGAUGAUGUCUAGUUGUGAAAAUGGUUGGCCCAGUAGUGUUCUUAACCUACGCAUCUGAUGAUCAGAACUUUCAACCCAAGUGUGAAAAGCAUAACUUCUUCACAAGGGCUUGAUAAAUAUUAGAAUUGGAACAAUGACAUUGAUUAAAAAAUCUGUUUAUGGUGGCCCUUCUAGAUACUCCGAACUGAGGGAAUGCCAACUAACUCAGUAAUUCUGAUUGGAUUGUUAGUCACAUGGUUAUUCUUGAGUUUUGAGAAAACAAAUAUCUGCUGAGCUAUUUGUGUGCAAAAUGAAGAGAUGGUAGUUCAGUUUCUAGAAAACAGCCAAAAUAAUUCUAUUCAGCUGUCUUUGGGCCAUAUCAUGUCGCUGCUAGUAAUAUUUCCCAGAGUUUUGUCCUUCCUAAGUGAUCUACUGAUUAAUAGUCAUUGAAGAUGAAAAGAGACAUGAUACCAGGAUAAACACCUUGUUUCACAGCAUGUCAGUUUAUGUUACACCUGAGCUUUAGUAUUAGCUGCCUUUAGUACUAGUGCAAAAGAACAUUCUACACUUAAAAACUCUUCUGUGACUUGGAGAAUAUCUCAAUGUGAUGGUGUCAAUGCAUGCAAAUAGAGAAAGCAGAAAUGCUUAUAAAAUUACUGCCUGACAGUAUUGCUUCUUGACCUCUGGCUCCUGACAGAUCUUGCAGAUGUUAGAUUUCAAUAACGAAUUCAAGCUAUGACGCUUGUAAUUUAAAAAGUCGCAUCACAAUUAAUAGAAUCAGGAUUCAGUGCCGGGUUUUUUCUGCACAGUAGCACACACACUGCCCCGUGACAACCUUCAUUUCUUUCUGAGCAAAUGGAAACGUAGUAGCACAAGCCUCAGGAAGUUGUUAAAGCAAUUAAAGGCUUCUCUCUCAGCACAUUGCGUGGUUACCAUAGAAUCCUUUGCCUCAAAGCCUUUACUGAUGAUGCAUACAAGGGCUGUUCACAGCGUCUACUUGAGAUUAUUCAGCCCUCUCUAAAGAUCAUAAGCAUCUCUCCAUACAUUCUGUUAUCCAGUGUUAUUUUAGUAAUUAAUGAGACUGGAAGGUUCUGAAGGAUGACUGAUGCUGGUUUCUGUGAUACCACUUGAAGUCUCCAGUGCUGUGGAUUGAUAAGUAACAUGCAGAUUUAACUGCACAACCUGGGCAGAAAGCAACAGGAGUGCUAGUCCUUUUCAGCUCUUUAAGUGGACAGAAGUACAGUGUCAUCUAUCUUCAAGGGAAGAUUCUUCAACAGCAUUUUAUAGCUAAUAAAGGAGGCAACAAUAGUAGCGUCCACCUUCCUGAUUUACAGAGCAUCGCCUUCCAAGACAGAUGGUCUGUCAGAAGCUGGAGGAUGCCCGCAGAGCACAUAAUAAUGAAGUAGUGAAAUGAUACUGCUGCUGCUGCUACCUGAUUGUCGAGAUCACAGCUGAUAGAACUGCACUGCCCUUUUUCUGCCUGCCUAAUCAGGCCAGAAAUAGCAGAGUGGACAUGGCUGGCUUUGUUAGCAACCUGCUAAUACUGCUUCUUCUGUUUCAAAACAUCUGUUUGGGUUUCAGAAGCCCACUUUCAGACUUCAAGAGAUAUAAAGAUACUAGCACAUCUCUUUCCAAUGAAUGCCUUGGAAGUGACCAGCCAGUGAUUUCCUUUGGUAUGUCAGAUUUUGUACUGGACAUUCGCAUGCCUGCAGUGACACCUAAGCAGUCUGAUACCUACCUCUGCAUGUCAGUACCCCUGCCAGUGGAUGAUGAAGCCUAUGUAGUUGACUUUAAGCCUCAUGCCAGCAUGGACACAGUCCAUCACAUGUUACUCUUUGGAUGUAAUGAACCUUCCUCUACUGAAAAUUACUGGGACUGUGAUGAAGGAACAUGCAAAGAUAAAUCUAACAUUUUGUAUGCUUGGGCAAGAAAUGCUCCACCCACCAAGCUGCCCAAAGGUGUUGGCUUCAGAGUUGGAGGAGAAACGGGUAGCAGAUACUUUGUUCUCCAGGUACACUAUGGAGAUGUUAGUGCAUUUAGAGAUAAACACAAGGACUGCUCUGGUGUAACUUUACAUCUGACACAUCAAAAGCAGCCCUUGAUUGCAGGAAUGUAUCUUAUGAUGUCUGUGAACACAGUCAUACCACCAGGCAAGAAAGUGGUUGAUGCAGACAUUGCCUGCCAUUACAAAAGGUCUCCAAUGCACCUUUUUGCCUACAGAGUUCACACACACAGACUAGGUAAAGUAGUAAGUGGAUACAGAGUGAGAAAUGGUCAAUGGACAUUGAUUGGUAGGCAGAGUCCACAACUACCACAGGCAUUCUACCCUGUGAAAUAUCCAGUAGACAUCAGCUAUGAUGAUAUCUUAGCAGCCAGAUGUGUGUUCAGUGGGGAAGGCAGAACUACAGAGACACAUAUAGGGGGUACUGCCAAUGAUGAAAUGUGCAACUUUUACAUUAUGUACUACAUGGAAGCCAAGCAUGCUGUCUCAUAUAUGACCUGCACACAGAACACAAACCCUGAAAUGUUCAGAAAUAUUCCACAGGAGGCAAAUAUUCCUAUUCCAGUCAAGUUUGAUGUGAUGAAGAUGAUGCAUGGACAUCAUGAAGAAACCAAGGAUAGUGAUACAGGUUCUUUGCUGCAGCAGGACAAAAAAGAAGAGGAUGAGAUUUUGGAUCAGGAAACCAAAGAUAAUGAUGCAAGUUAUUUGCUGCAGCAGGCCAAAAAAGAAGAGGCAGAGAUUUUGGAUCAGGGUGAUUUCUAUUCACUUCUUUCUAAGCUGCUAGGAGGAAGGAAAGAUGUUGUACAUGUGCAUAAGCAUAACCCUACAGAAAAGGCAGAAUCAGAUCUUGUAGCAGAGAUUGCUAAUGUAGUCCAAAAGAAGGAUCUUGCCAGAGAGAUCACAAAUCAUGAUGAAAGGGACAAUACUAUUCUUGUGAGAGACAGAACUCAGAAAUUCCACAGACUAGAGUCUACCUUGAGGCCACCAGAGAACAGACAUUUCUCUUUACAACAGUCUAAACAUGGUGAGGGAGGCUGGGAAAAAGAACAAAAAGGAGGUUUCCACAUAGAAGAGGCUGUGGAGUGGGCUGGGUUAGACCUCAAAUUAGGCCAAGUUUCUGGGUUGGCUCUGGACCCUGAAAAUAACCUAGUUGUCUUCCACAGAGGUGAUCAUGUUUGGGAUGAAAAUUCUUUUGACAGCAAAUUUGUCUAUCAGCAAAGAGGACUUGGACCAAUUGAACAGAACACAAUUAUUGUCUUGAAUCCAAGUAAUGCAAAACUGCUCCAUUCCACAGGCAAAAGUCUAUUUUAUUUACCACAUGGUUUGAGUGUAGAUAAAAAUGGUAACUACUGGGUCACUGAUGUAGCUCUUCAUCAGGUUUUCAAGCUAGGAGCCAAUGACAAAGAGCCAUUACUGAUCUUAGGAGUACCUUUGCAACCAGGCAGUGACAAAAAUCAUUUCUGUCAACCAACUGAUGUGGCCGUGGACCCAAUCACUGGCAGCAUUUAUGUCUCUGAUGGCUACUGCAACAGUCGGAUUAUUCAGUUCUCUCCAAAUGGACUGUUUGUGAUGCAAUGGGGAGAAGAGACUUCUCUAGGCAGAUCCAGGCCUGGGCAGUUUCGUAUCCCUCACAGCUUAGCCCUGAUCCCUGACUUAAGUCAGCUGUGCGUUGCAGACAGAGAAAAUGGUCGAAUUCAGUGCUUUAGGCUGGAGACUGGGGAGUUCAUAAGAGAGAUCAAACACAAAGCAUUUGGAAGAGAGUUAUUUGCAGUUUCAUACGUUUCAGGUGGUCUCCUCUUUGCAGUUAAUGGAAUGCCCUAUCCUGGAGAGGCAGAAUCAGUGCAAGGAUUUGUGAUGAACUUCUCUACUGGAGAAAUAAUUGAUACUUUCAUUCCACUUAGAAAGAACUUUGUGAUGCCACAUGAUAUUGUUGCUUCAGAAGACAGAACAGUAUUUGUUGGAGAUGUUCAUGCCAAAGCAGUGUGGAAGUUUGCAUCUGUGGAAAAAAUGAACCAUCGGUCAGUUAAAAAGGCUGGUAUUGAGGUACAGGAGACAAAAGAAUCAGAAACAAUUGUUGAAGCCAGAUUGAAAAACAAACCAGAAUCAAGAGACCCUCUAAAGAAUGUGGAUAAGCAGCACUUGGUACAACAGGCCAGCAGCACUGGAGUUUCCUUUGUUCUUAUUACAACUCUUCUUAUUAUCCCUGUUGUUGUCCUGCUGGUAAUUUUAGUAUUUAUUCGGUGGAGGAAGACAACUGUCUAUGGAGGUAACUCUGAUGGGGAACGCAAACUUGAUUCUAGUUCAGGCAGAAUUUUAGGCAGACUUAGAGGGAAAGGUGGUGGUGGAAUUAACCUUGGGAACUUCUUUGCAAGUCACAAAGGCUACAGUCGAAAAGGGUUUGACCGGCUGAGCACUGAAGGAAGUGAUCAAGAAAAAGACGAAGAUGAUGGCACUGAUUCCGAGGAAGAGUGUUCAGCGUCUCCACUGCCACCAGCACCUUCAUCAUCCUGA